AUGGCUGCCGGUACGGAUCGCGCAUACCGGAAUAGGGGUGGUCUCGAAACAAGGGCAGAGACCGAACAGAAGAAAGGCGACGAAAACGGACCCGGCGCUGAAAGAAUAAGGUCCGACAACGCAAGCAGGCGGGGAACCGACACUAAGCGGAGCACCGAAUUGGAACAAACGCGGACUAUUGUGGAGGAAGAUGAUCGCCCGCUUUACAGUGCUUCGUCGGACAAGGCAAGGGGCAAGGACAGAGCUCAGGCGAAAGAUUUAGGCUCUCAGCGCGACGGUCGCACGAGGGCUGAAAGGGCCGAGCCAAAGCUGCUCGAGCGGUCCAGCCGACAGAGGGCUCCUGUAACGGAAAAGCAGCCUGACGAACCCAGCCUGGAAAACGACAGCAACGCCAUCGGUGCUGGUUACGAAGGAAGGUCAGCUUCCAAGAGCAAGGGGAAAGCCCGCAAGCCAGAGCCGGUGGUGCCCAAGAGAGAAUCGAGGCGCUUGAUGUCCGAAAGGAAUUAUCGCGAGAACCUCGACAAUGAUACGAGAACCGAGUAUGCCCGAAAGUCGACCCUGAAAGAGCCCUCGGAACCUCCGGUACGACAAGGGAAAGCGGAAAAAGAGGCGGACGAGACUCGUGAGCCUGGUGACCUCAGAGAGCGCGAAGCAAACGCUGUGGUGAAGGAAAGGAAGUUCGCAACUGAGCCGAAUGCACGUCCCAUCUCUGCGAAAAAAAGCCCCGCAAAGCAGGUGGCGGAAGAGAAAGGCCCAGACAAGACACCUGCAACCGUCGCCGGCACGUUGGAGGACGAAGAGAAGUACUCCACGGACUCCGAAGAUUAUUACGAAGAGGUCACUGAAGAAGUCUUAGAGCCGGACCCCCACGACUCGCGCCAAGGACGCGGUGGAGUUAUAAUACGUCGCACGACACGUUCCACUUCGAAAAAGCGAAAGUACGGCAAGCCGAACGCUCCUAAGUCAAGUGCGCAGCCCAGUUCAAGGCAUAAGACAACCACCGCUAGUGAGAAAAAGCAGCGCGACGACAAGAUUGACGCAGAAAAGAAGAAUGAGACCACGACUAGCGACGCGGAAGACUCGUACCUACCAGAGCAAGAUAGCGAAGAGAAGGAGACGGGAACGUGUCCCUGUUGCGGAUCCUGCUGGCCUAGUCACAUGGAUGAGUCGCGGAUGAAGGCGGCUCAAGGACAAAGCAGAAUUUGGCGACGCCGCUUGCGCCGUGGUGACGAAGGCCCUGCCGGAGACGAAUGGUACGAGGUUCGUAAUUUCGGGCCCAAGCAGAACUCGCGCUUCAAGCAAAAAACCGACAAGGCCGACACCGACGGCGGUGGUUUACAAGGAAGCGUGCAGUUUACAGAACGAAGGGCCUCUCUGAACGCGCCUUCGUCAGUCUCCCCACCUCCGUAUUCCGCACAGCAACUAUACCGCCCGGCAGUACAGGGACAAGAGGUCUACUAUAACGCCUAUCAACCAAACCUCCAAAGCCCCUACCAGAGACCCCAACAGCCGUUGUUCCCAGCUUCUAUGUCCUUUCCGCAGCCGUACCCGAUGCCACCAGCGAUGGUGGGCGCGUAUUGCGGGGCUGUCCAGGCGAACUCUGCGACUGCGUUUCCCGCGGCUACCAGUGGCUACUGCCCCACUUGCCGCGCGCAAGCGCACUUGGGCCAGCUGUCGUACUCGUUCGGCUGUGGUCAGCCGGUGCCGACCAUUAGCAUGGAAGACUUCUUACGCCGCGAGCAGCGUGUGCGCCAAGAAGAGAGGCUGCGCCAAGAGGAGAAGCAGCUGCGGGAAGAGAAGCUGCGACGCGAAGAGCGCCUGCGCCUGGAGGAGCGGCUGCGGCGCGAACAGCGGGCCCGCAAGGAGGAACGAAGGCGGCGCGAGCUCGAGGAGGAGCGGCUGCGCCAGGAAGAACGACUGCGCCUCGAAGAGCGCUUUCGCGAGGAGCAGCGGCUCUCGUUGGAAGCUCGCCUCGAGCAACAGCGCAGGGAGCGCCUCGAGAGGCAGCGGCGCGAGCGACUCGAGGAGCAACGCCGCUACAACGACAGCCUGCGUCGAGCGCUGGCCGAGCAGAGGAUGGCCGCCGAUCGCGGUGCUGCGGUCCCUCCCAGCGGCUUCCUCGACGAGGUCUUGAUUAGGGGCCGUCUGCGACCGGCGCCUAGCUCAGUUUCGAGUAGAAUGGGCUUGCAGGACGGGCUCAGGACCUCCGUCCUGCGCGAUCUGUUGCUCAGGGAUUCGGAGCGACCAGCUGCGUCGACGCGAGGCGCCAGUCGCCCUCUCCGCUGGGAUGACGUGAAGCGCUACACUGAGAAGACCGGAGACCCGCGGGACGGCUGGGGACCUCCAUCCCGUGGCAGUGGCAGGUUUCGCUAG